AUGCCCAACGACGAGCUUCUCACCGACGAAUAUGUCGCCGACCUUUUGGCCAAAGAGGCCAGCGAUUGCUCGCUAAAAUACUCAGCAAUGGGUAUGGAAGCUUUCAACACGAAAAAUAAGCCGUCCAACGCGCUGAAGCCGAAUACGAGAUUUUUGAGAAACAUCAUCAAUGAAACGGAUUCACACAACAAAGCGCUGCUGGCUAAGGAAGCGGCCGAAUCAAGAGCGAGGCUUAAGGAUCUGGAGCACGCCGAAGAAGUCAAACGACUAAAGACAGAUCCAACACCCAGGGAUAUACGAAAACGGCAGCUUGGAAACAUUCAAUCCAUCCUAGGCGGAUCAAGGCACAAACGCGGCGACGAUACGAAGUCAGCUGCUAGCGAAGAAAGAUCUAAAAAUAGGAGUGAUGGCAAUCGCCAUUCGCAUCGGUCGUCGCGUCGAGAAAGAGAUGCAAGCCCUGAUCGUCGUAAAUCGAAGAAGGACUAUGGCCGACUAUCAAGAAGCCCCCAGGACGACGAGCGAAGGACGCACCACGAAGAUAAGCCACGGAGCUCCCGAAGAAGGCACCGUGAUCACUCUCCAGAGCACAAACGUCGACAUUCUCGCGAUCGCGGAAGAGAUCGAUCCAAGUCGCCUCGCCGCCGGCGUCAUUCUCGAUCACCUCGAACGAAGAGAAGUAAACAUCGGAGCCGUUCUCCUUUAGCUGCUGAAAAGCAGUCUUUGAGAGAUGCCCGUAACAGACAUGAUGAUGACGAGUCAGAUCCCUUGGAAGAAUUUAUCGGACCUGCUCCGCCUCCCAGAUACCGUGGACGGGGAACCGUUGGAGGAGCUUCUGGCCUGGAUCGGCGGUUCUCUGAUUCAUACGAUCCGAGUACAGACAUAUUGCCAGAUGAUGAGGAGGCCAACCUUGAUGAUGCCGUGGAAGCGUUUAGGGAUCGCCAGAAACUGCGACUGAUCCAAGCAGAGCGGGCGAGAGCAGCCGGGAUCGCGGAGCACCAGAUUCAGAAGAUGAACAAUAGCCAGCGAGAAAAAACGGAGGAAGACGUGGUAUGGUCCAAGGCCGGCGAAAAGAGGGAAUGGGAUCGCGGGAAA